GGUGACCAAAACCAAUAGGGAAGUAUAGUCAGUGAAGAGUACUGUAGGUUUACAAAAUGAAGAAGAGAUAAAGGUUUCUUAUUUCAGUGUUUAUCAACAUAAGAAAAUAUUGUGAUUUACAACCAACAAUUUAUAAAUUAUGAUCAGUUGAUAAUAUGUUGGAAUUGGUUUUACAUUCGCCUGCUAAUGGCGACCCUUGUGUUUACUACUGGCCGAUGGAUGAGAAGGCCAAGGGUGAAGGUGCGGUCGAAAUUAUUGAGACCAUCAAGUGGGUCUGUGAUGAUUUCCCGGAAAUGAAACUAGCCCUUGACAAUUGUAUACUUUCUGGAUGUGAUUUGAAGAGCUAUGAGAGUAUGAAAAUUGUCUGUGAUCGUUAUAAUCGGGUAAUUGACUCAGUUCGCCAAAUGAGAGCUGGGACCUCACUGCCAGUUGCAGUACCUACUCGUCCGUCACAAGGCCUUCUGCGCCACAUUAUCCAAAAGGCUUACAAUCAUGCAGUAAUUGAUCCAGAUAAAUUGAACAAUUACGAGCCUUUCUCACCUGAAGUAUACGGGGAAACCUCUUUUGAGUUUAUAUCUCAAAUGAUAAGCCAGAUACCAAUUACCGAGAAUGAUGUGUUCAUUGACCUCGGCUCUGGUGUUGGUCAAGUUGUCCUGCAAGUUGCUGCCUCUACCAAAGCCAAAAAGUGCAUUGGAAUUGAAAGAGCUGAAGUACCCGCCAGGUACGCUCGUGAAUUAGAGAAAUCAUUUCAAUUUUGGAUGCGCUGGUAUGGAAAAAUCUAUGGAGAAUAUGAAUUGUUAAAAGGAAAUUUUUUUGAAGAGCAACAUAAAGAACUAAUCACCAACGCAUCGUUCAUUUUUGUUAAUAACUUUGCCUUCGGUCCUAAUGUUGAUCAUAUGUUGAAAUUACGUUUUGCUGAUCUUAAAGAUGGUGCCCGGAUUGUUUCAUCAAAAUCAUUCUGUCCAUUAAACUUCCGAAUAACCGAUCGUAAUCUAAGUGAUAUUGCAACUAUUAUGCAUGUUCGAGAAAUUCAGCCCAAUAUCAAAGGUUCAGUUUCUUGGACUGGUAAGCCCGUGUCUUACUAUCAUCAUACGAUUGAUCGUCGUAAAUUGGAGGAUUAUUUCUUAAAUAUGAGAGGAGGCAAGAAGUAUAAUAAUAAUAGUAAUUCAAACAGUAACAGCACCACCAAUAAUAAGGAUAACACUACCAACAUCAGUAAUACCAAUAACAAUGCGAACAACUGUCUUCGUCCAGCGAAAGUAAACAAUUCCAAUACAAACUCUAACGAUUCCAGCUCAUCUGAUGACUCAAAGGAUGAUAAGAUAAAAGACGAAAAUUAUUUUGGACCAACAACUCGCAAAGCUUGGUCUGAAUGGUGUAAUAGCAGGUAUCGAGAAAAUUCUAAUUCAAACAGCAACCAAUCUUCAAAUGGAAAUACUCAACUGACUAGCUCUUCUGAAACUGGUUAUCAUUCUGAGUCUAAUGUUCGAUCUCAAGCUAAUGGUAAUGGGGCCAAUAAGCCUGGACGACCACGAAAAUAUGCUCCUGGUGUGUCAGCCGUUGUUCGUCGUGCAACUAAAAAUAAAGCUGGCUCUAGUGGACGUCGUCGUCCCGGCAGACCACGCAAAGAAGGAUUGGAGAUUAAAAAGUCAAAGAAGGCUGUCAACUUCAAUGGUUUAGAUCUUCUUCAUGCGCAAACAGUAUUGAGUAUUUCAAAUUCUGCUGGUGUAAGGACGGAGCCUGCACCUGGAUGUAUCGAUCAAAAACUUGAUACUGUCAAAAGAUCUGAUGUCCCGCCACAAUCUAGCAUUAAUAAGAGUUUUAGCCUUGGAUUUGGUCAAAUGAACAAUUCAUUUAUGGAUGCUGUUAAAAGCUUUGGUAAUAGUAAUGCUGAUAAUAAAUCAGCUCCCACUGACCUUGAUACCAAAGCAAAUGUACUAAAAUCUCCUCUGAUAACGGCAUCAGAAUCUACCCUGGAUAAAAAAGAUUACCAAAAACAAGGAAACCCUGAUUUUAAAAUUGAAGAAAAUGAGAAUAAACCUUUAAAUACCUUUCAUAACUUUGAAGACUAUCAGUAUCUAAUGGAAUCUGUUUCAUCAUCUUUGGACGUGCUUUUCGAUGAUUAUAAGCGGCAGUAUAUGAGUUUACUUUUGUAUAUGCAAACUCCUAAAUACAAGAAUGAGUUGGUUGCUAAAGUCGAUGUGGAAAAGCGAAAACAUUCUAAUCUGCUGGCUCAGGUUGACCUACUGGAACGCACAGUUAACAAUCUUAGAGAUAAAGGAGUUAGUCUUCUUAAAUCUAGAUUGAGUGAGUUAGAUAUUGUUGCUUCAACCUCUGAAGAGCUAGUCACCAAAGCUAAAGAAAUAGUUUGCCGUAACAAAGAACUUCAAGAGCAGGUUUACAUGUAUCAAGAGCAAGUUAACUAUUUGGAUAACCUGAACAAUGCUCUUGCAAAACAUAAAAGCUACGAUACACUGAUGAACGUUAACCAAAUAAAACCCAAAAAUGAAACACAAUUUUCAAAGCCUGUUAAUGUUAAUUUGACAAAGAAAAGUGUACCCUUGGAGACUGCCGAUCGAAUGGAAAUUAAUAUGACUGCCGCUGAACAAGUCGCUCGAAAUCCUAUUGCGACUAAAAAUGAUAACCGAAUUCCACCAAUAACGCAACAAAGUCCGUUGCAAACACCUCCUUCUAAUGGUUACCAGUGCAAUAGUAAUAGUAAUAAUAAUAGUAAUACUCUUGACUCGUGUCGCUUGAUUAAUAUAGAGGAGCGAAUGAAAAAGAUGAUAGUCGCUGCGCUCAAUGACAAAUCUGGAGCCAAUCAGGCAAAUAAACCAGUGAAAAAGGAAAGCCGAAAGAGGUCAAGUUCAAAAGUAUCAAAUAAUGUUAAAGUGAUGAAAACAACUUCUCGUUGUGAUGGUGUUUAUGAUUUCGAUGACGAUGAACCGCCUAAUGUCAGACCUGAAACGGAUUAUCCUAGCAGAUUAAAAGACUCUUCCAAACUUGUUUCCAUUAAAGAUGUAACAAUAACUUCUUCAACUACUGGACAAAGUACAAAAGGAACUGAAGCUCGUUCUACGAAUAAAGUUUCAAACGCCUCUAAUAACCCACCUCAUGAAGAUAAAAAACCAAUUUUAUUAACAUUCAAGAUUGAUCGACGAGAUAAUAGCGCAAUCGUUACUUCACCUGCCAUAUCACCAGAGAAAUCUCCAUCAAAAUCACCAAAAGAUUCUGAAUCAAGUUCUAAAAGGAAACAAAUUUCACCAGAAAGAGUUAAAAAAUCAAGAUCUCCAAAGUAUAGCUCUAUCGUACCUGAGACAACUGGCUCUGAAAAUCGCACAUCAUUAAUCAUCAAGCUAAAUCAUUCAUCUUGUGAAUCAUGUUUUUCCCACCAUUCACUUCUUCCUCUUUCCCUUUGAUCAUCAAUUGCUUUUUAAUUACAGUUAAACGUAGAGAGAUAUAUCGACAUUUUACAACUAAGGAUCAGAGACGAAUUUGGGCAAAAAUGACUGGAAAUUUAACUUUUCCGAUUUCCACUGCCAUUUAUUUAUUUCUCAAGCUCAAGAAUCAAUGCAUCUUUUUUUCUUGUUUGCUUAUUUAUCAAAUUGCAAAUCACCAAGAUUAUUAUUAAAAAAGCAAGAAUAAGCAAACAAAAUAACUAAUUUAUUGUUUAAUUAGACAUGUCAAAAGAAACCAAAACCAUUCUUCUUCCACCCGCCAUCAAAUUGUAAUUUCAUCCUAAAUUAAACAAAAAUUAUUCCAAACUUGUUA